AUGAGAGACGUAUUUUUAUCAAAUUGUGAAAAGAAUUUUAUAAAUAAAAUUGUAGUUGAAGGACAUCGUUUAGAUGGUAGAACUUAUGAUGAAAGCAGAUCACUGAACAUAUCCUUUGGAUCGGAUUAUGGAAGCUGUAUGGUUUCAUUGGGAGAAACAAAAGUCCUAGCAAAUGUAUCCUGUGAAGUAGUACAGCCAAAACAAAUAAGGCCAAAUGAAGGAACCAUAUACAUUAAUUUGGAGAUCAGUCCAAUGGCAGCCCCUCAGUUUGAGGCCAAUAGACAGACUGAGUUCUCUGUGUACCUCAACAGAUUGCUAGAAAAAUGUUACAAAGACUCAAAGUGCGUUGACCUGGAGUCCUUGUGCAUAGUUGUUGAAGAAAAGGUCUGGUCCCUACGAGUAGACAUCAAGGUCCUAAACCAUGAUGGAAACAUAAUAGAAUGUGCAAGUAUAGCUACUAUAACUGCCCUGGCUCACUUCAGGCGGCCCGAUGUCACCCGCAGUGGAGACAGUGUCAUUAUACAUGACAUUUCUGAAAGAGAUCCCAUACCUACAGUAUUAUUCCAUUAUCCUGUAUGCACAACCUAUGCUAUAUUCAAUAAUGAUGUGCUACUAUCAGACCCCAAUUUUCUAGAAGAACAAGUAUGCACUAGCUUCUCAGAAGAGUCUGACACUGCUGGAGGACUUUUAGUGAUCGGAGUGAACCAGUACAAAGAAGUAUGUGUUAUGAACUUAACUGGAGCUGCUAUACAAGGCACCAACCUGCUAAAUAAAGCUUUGAGUGGAGCUGGCGAUAAGUGUAAAGAAAUUGUUGAUAUGGUGAAGAAAGCUAUUGUUCAUGAUGAUACCCUCAGGCAAAAAAGGACGAAGAUUAACUUCUCAGAUGUAAUUACUCAGGACCAUUUGCUGUGCUUGAGUAAAAAGGAUUUAAGUAUAAAGCUAAAACAUUAUAAUAUUGAUGAUGCUGUGGAAAAUGAUGAAAUGGAUGAAGAUGAUUCUGAGCCAGAACCUAGCAAGUAUGAUGUUGUCGCAUCUGUACCUCAAACAGCAGAAAUUCAAACAAAGAAAGGAGCUUCACAAUGGAUAGAAAUUUCAUCAGAUUCUGAGGAAGACUGA